AAAUGAGGUACAUUAUUUGUCCUAUUCAAAUCUUUUUUAACAGGAUAAUUACUAAAUAGAAAUAAAGUCCCGCUAAGUUAUCAGUAUCUCAAAAUCUCAUGUUGGUAUUCAUCGACGAAAAGUUAUCACAGGAUUUGAAUUUAAACCUGAAAGAAAGAGUAGUGGGAGCAAAGGAAGGUUGGAGAAAAGCAAGUGGGGUCCCGCGUCAACCAAAAAAGGUUACCUAUCAUCUAUCUCAUCUCCAACAUCACACAACUGUCACUGUGUCUGUGUGCAAUGUGUGACUAUCAAAACACCCUUUUCCCAUGAAACCCUCUUCCAAACAAGCCUUUUCAUCUUCCACCUACCACAAUGACCACACUCCACAACAACAACCAACCAAUUCCCCAUCCAGCGCCGCCGUUUUCAUCCAAUCCGCCUACCGCGCCCACCGCAUCCGCGCCCUCUACAGGAAAAUCGCCGCCGUCGACGCCGAAGCCGAUCGGCUGCAGCGCCUGAUCCAGCGGCAGGACACGGUGGACGCCGUGCGCGCCAACCACCUCGAGAAGCUGCGAAUGAACGAGGCGCUCAUGGCACUGCUGCUGAGGCUGGAUUCCGUGCCCGGAAUCGAUCCAACGCUCAGGGACGCCCGGAGGAAAGUCAGCCGUAGGAUCGUGGGCCUCCAGGAAAUACUGGACUCUAUUUCGGAAGCCCAAAUCGAUGAGUCCACUUGGUGGCCCAUGAAGAAUUGGGACGAAGUCUUGGCCGACAUGGAAGAAAGCAUUUGUCGGGAGAGCGGCGGCGAUGAAAUGGAACGGUUUUGCGCUCAGAAUCUCGGCUUUCGCUGCCUACAAAGUCUUUGCAGCCCCUUCCAUCUGUGGGUGGACAACUCAUGAUAGGUGAAGCCACCAUCAUCAUUAUCAGCAACAGGGCCUGUGCUUGGAAUUGCAAUGAUACUACUAUGCGCUUCUUAGUCUCCAUGUGCAUCAGAAUGCUUUGCUUUUGCCUGCAAAGGUGCUGUGCUCUUCACAAGUUGUAGAAAAGAGUAGUGUAUGCUGACAGAUAUGUGGUAGCAACUAGCAAUGCAUGGCACUUCCACUAUAUAAAAUUUUGGCAAACAUUCGUGGGAAACCCAGAAUUCUAAGAUCCACAUAAGGACAUCGGUAGUGUGUAAGCAUUAAAUUUCUUGGCAGGCCUUGCAAUUAAACACAACGUACAUUUACUCUUGUAUGACUCUGGCAGCUCAUGGCUCUCUCGGUUUGCACAACCAUCUAUCCCAUCGCAAUUUUUUAAGCAAAUAAGGGUAAGGAAUGGAGAAUAAAUAUUUUUGUGUUGA